AAGGCAAUUGCAAGUUUUAUUUUGAACAAGCAAUUAAUUUGAGUAAAUUAAUUGAUGAAAUUCCGUUAGAAAUUGAACAAGAUCAACAUGAACAAUACCUUGCAAACAAAAUUGUUAAGCUUGUUGAGCAGGGAGAUG